UUUGAGUGCAAAAUGCUGAACUCCUCAUCAGUCUCAGAGUUCCUGCUCUUGGAUAUUUCAAAGGUUCGUGAACUGCAGAUCCUACUCUUUGUUGUUUUCUUGAUAGUGUACUUGGCAACUUUAAGUGGAAAUCUUCUCAUCAUCUCUGCAGUAGCUCUUGACCAUCACCUGCACACCCCCAUGCACUUCUUUUUGAUGAACUUGGCCAUGCAAGACAUUGGCCAAAUCUCAGUCAUUAUCCCUAAAACCAUGGCCAAUUCCCUCAUGAAUACCACACACAUUUCUUACUCUGGAUGUGUUGCACAAGUCCUCUUAUUUCUCUUCUUUUUGGCAUCUGAUAUCUCCCUUCUCACAGUCAUGGCGUAUGAUCGGUAUAUUGCUAUUUGCAAGCCUUUGCACUAUGAUGCUGUGAUGAACAGGACAGCCUGUAUCAAAAUGGUUGGCUGUGCAUGGAUUAGCGGUCUUCUCUAUGGUGUGCUACACACCAGUGCCACCUUUGCAAACCCCUUCUGUUCUAAUGUAGUCAGUCAGUUCUUCUGUGAAAUCCCACAGUUACUUAAGCUUGUCUGUUCUGAUUUAUACCGAAUUGAAAUUGGAGCUGUUGUCUUAAGUAUUAGUAUUGUGUUUGGAUGCUUUGUCUUCAUUAUUAUAACAUACGUGAACAUUUUUACUGUGGUUUUGAAAAUCCCUUCUCUUGAAGGAAAGCAAAAAGCCUUCUCAACUUGCAUUCCCCACCUCAUUGUCUUCUCCACAUUAGUACUCACUGGGUGCUUUGCCUAUCUCAAACCCACCUCUUCUAACACCUCAUCACAACUGGAUCUAGUAUUUACUGUGAUCUAUUCCAUCUUUCCACCCAUGUUGAAUCCAUUAAUCUAUAGCAUGAGAAACAAGGAGAUCAAGAAUGCCUUGUCAAAAUUAUUCAACUUGAGGUAG